CAGGACGAGCUUCCAACUCCAUUGCUAGCUAGCUACCAGCUCUCCAUCUUCUCCGAGGAGCUAGCAUCGCAGCAGCAGCUAUGGCGGACGAGGUUGUGCUUCUCGACUUCUGGGUGAGCCCGUUCGGGCAGCGGUGCCGGAUCGCGCUGGCGGAGAAGGGCGUGGAGUACGAGUACAGCGAGCAGAGCCUCGCCGACAAGAGCGACCUCUUCCUCCGCUCCAACCCGGUCCACAAGAAGGUCCCCGUCCUCCUCCACGGCGGCCGCCCGGUGUGCGAGUCGCUCGCCAUCCUCGAGUACAUCGACGAGGCGUGGCCGGAGAAGGCGCCGCCGCUCCUCCCCGCCGCCGCCGACGACCCCUACGGCCGCGCGCGGGCCAGGUUCUGGGCGGACUACGUCGACAAGAGGCUCUUCGACUGCCAGACCCGGCUGUGGAAGCUCCGGGCCGGCGAGGACGGCCACGAGCAGGCCAAGAGGGACAUGGUGGAUGCGCUCAGGGCGCUGGAGGCGGAGCUCGGCGACCGGGUCUACUUCGGCGGCGAGGCGUUCGGCUACCUCGACGUCGUGCUCGUGCCGUUCGCCGCGUGGUUCCACGCCUACGAGAGGCUCGGCGGCUUCGCCGUGGCGGAGCACUGCCCGCGGCUGGUGGCGUGGGCCGAACGCUGCAAGGAGAGGGACAGCGUCGCCGCGACGCUCUCUGACCCCGGCAAGGUGUAUGAGUUCGCGCUCUACCUCAAGGACAAGUUUGGCGCCAAGUAAUUAAUUAACUAAUCUGUUUUUAUAGAGAUUAUACCGAGUGGGCAGGGUUUGGUUAAUUACACUAUCUUUAUACUCUCUCGUUUUUUAAUUG